UUCCACUCGUUACACUCCCGCUCUAACCACCAGCGUACUGUUGGGUUAAAACGCAAAAAUAUAUCCAUCAUCAAGAAUGCUCCCGAUAAUUAUCGAGUCCCCACUUGGAGUGUGAAUAAUAAUAAUUAAUAAGUGUAUAUUUAUAAAAAUAAGUUGAUCGUUUUAAAUAAUUAGGGGUAGAGUGAAAGUGUAAGUGCUUUGAGUGAUAAUAAAUAAAUAAAUAUAUAUAACCAAGCGUGGAAAAUGGCCAAGAGAAGUAACAACAACUCGGCUGGAAGACGGACUUACGGCGAGAAGCCGUACGAUGCCAACAACUCAUUUGUAAAAAAAAUGGCCACUAAAGUGACGGAUUUGAUACCACAGAGAUCGUGGAUAAGCAAGUGGUUCAAUUCACCAGGUGGCAAUGGCCUUGCUGCUGACCAGGAUAAUGCAGACGAGCAGGAUGUCGAGGAAGAGUCACUUCAACCUCCGUCAAAGCGCCCGUGCAUUAGAUUAGACGUAACGCAUCCGUCAGAAACCUUCAGAAUCCAGUCGCGUAAUCGCAUCACCAGCAACACCAUCAGUAAUAAUGUUAAUAUUGUUAAUAGAAUUGAUUAUACAGCCAAUAAUGUCAACAGCAAUGAGCAGUAUGAGCAAGACGUUGAUGAAACGAUGCCGGAUUUCCCGCAGCCGAUUGCUGGGUCCAGUAGAUCUUUUGUCGCAUCAACGCCUACGUUACGUCUUCCCGGACGGUUGACUCAUACAAAGUCUGAUAUUACACCUCUGGUUCACCAGCACCAGCGGCAGCAGGAACAUCAGCAACAUCAGCAACAGCAGCAAAUGAAUGUUGCAAACGGUGCUGAUGACAAUUCAGAGUCCAGUGAAAGUACCAGCGGCUGUAGUUCACUCAUUCCACAGACAAGUAGACAAGACGGAUUGUCUAAUUUUAUAACUUAUCCAUUUGCAAGUAAAAAAGGAUUUACGAAUGAUAAAUUGUCGUUUACAAAUCACUUGCAGUCACCAAGAUCUUUGCUGUUCAAUGGACGAGAUUCGUUGAGCUCAAGGAGACCUAGUUUUAAUGUAUCAAUGGUCAGUAAUGAUAACAGUCCUCUAGAACGUGGAGCUGGACUGUCAUCGCCUUUUUACAGCGGCAACACAACAUUCGGAGGUGCUAAUGCGAUCGGUAACUUCCGGUCAGCUCGCAGACCUGGACAGAUGAAUGAGUUCCAGUUGAGAGUACCCAAGAGGUCCAGUGUCCGCGUUAAGCCUUCAAAUUCGUCAACGACAGACACUACGGGGAUGAGCCAGACGGCUAAAAGAAUUCUUGAAACCCUUGAACAUUUUUCAUCUCCAAUCACCGACGCCAAGAAGAUUCCGGUUAAAACUCCAAUGAGUACUCUUGCGUCGAGGAAGCGAGCCCGCGAGGAAGAGACCAUCAGUGGCAAUAGUUCUGUCAGCAGUGUCGCGCCUAUUGGGCUGAGACACUUGACCAGAGAGCUGACGGUUCCAACGGUGCCGGACAUGCUCAAGCUGAAGAGACGUCAGAGAUUGACGAACACGACGCUUGCCGCCAGAAAAAUAAUUUCAGCACACAGUGAGCCUGCGCCGCAGGUAAAAGCUGCUGAGUAUCACCUGAGGACUGAUAGCGAUGAUAAAAAAUUCAUGGGUAAACUCAGAACUAAAGCUAAGAAAAAAGUUGACUUAGAUGAGCCCGCGGAGACGGUUAAUCUCGCUCACAUACCUCUACCUAUCACAACAUUGCCGAGCUUUGACAUACCGAUACCCGAGUCAUCAAAAAACAAUUCAAAUAAUGUUGUCAAUAAUAUCAAUACCAAUACCAAUAAAUCUGGUACAAGUACGGGAGUAGAGACUAAAGCAAUUUCUCCGUUAAAAGAAACGGAGUCGUUUAAAUUUUCUAGUCCCAUUAAAUUUGCUGGAGCUGACACAAGUCUAGAAUCGGACGGGCAGUUCACUUUCUCUCAGCCGAUAAAACCCAGCCAGGAAUCAUCCGCUUGUAAAACAACGGCAACAGCAAUGCCGACUUUCAAAUUUACGUCAUCCAAAACAACAGGCAAUUUCAAUUCAACUGGAGACAACGGCAGUCAGCCAUCAACAAACUUUAUGUGGUCGGGAUCUUCAACGGCACCGCGACCCAAAGAAAAAAAAAUAGUUGAGACUAAACCUGCUGAAUUACAAGUAGCUGGCAGUGUUAUGGAUAUUCUUGGCAAGAAAACUGACAAAUCGGAAGUUAAAAUCUGGGAGUGCCGGGAAUGUUAUAUAAAAAAUAAUGACAGUGAUGAUCAGUGUGUCGCUUGUAAAGCACGCAAGUCUGAUUCAUCUAAAAAAAUGUCUUUAUCAUCAGCCACUGCAGCUUCUACUGCUGCUGUCACUACCGAUUCUGCAGCUGGAGGACAAACACAGACGCAGUUUGGCACUAAAUUUAAAUUAAACGAUAAAUGGGAAUGUGAUUGUUGUCUUGUAAGGAAUCCAAUGACAGAAACAAAGUGUCUGUCUUGCAUGGCGCCAAGGCAAGACAAGAGUGCCAGCAAAUCAUCAACGUCAUCAAAGACCGAAGUACCAAAAGCUGAAGUUAAAGAUAAAACUAAAGCAGCUGAAGGAACAUGGGAAUGUCCGGGUUGUAUGUUGAAGAAUCCGUCUAGUGUAAUAACAUGCCCGUGCUGCCAUGCAUCGAAGCCUGGGUUAGUUAAGACUGCGGUUAAAAAUACCGAGUCUGUUUUGAAGGUUGACCAAAAAGUAGCCAAGACAUGGGAAUGUCCCUCUUGUAUGGUAAGAAAUAAUUUAUCAGCUUCCACCUGCGUCUGCUGCACCACUCCCUGUCCAGACAAAUCGAUAGUCAAAGAGGACAACAAGUCAGCACCAACAGUCCAAUCAUCGGUGCCAGUAACCAGCGGGUUUGGUGAUAAAUUCAAGAAACCAGCGGGCGCGUGGACGUGUGACAGCUGUAUGGUUCAAAAUAAAUCCGAUGUUACCGAGUGCAUUGCAUGCGGGGGCUUGAAACCUGGAGCUACUGCAGACAAGAGCAAGAAAACAGAAAAUACUCCAAUGCCGUUCUCAUUCGGUAUUCCUCCGGGUGCCCAACCCCAACUGGGAGUCAAGACCGAUGAUAAAAAGUCUGAUAGCACGACAAAUGGGUUCACGUUUGCAGCACCCACGUCUCAAGCUAAACCAUCAUUUACUUUUGGCAUUCCAUCGACGGAAAAAUCCGAACCCACGGGAUUUAAAUUUUCCGCUCCUACGACGACUAUCGCUGAGCCUAAAACUGCUGAGAGUAAUCAGAAUCCAGCAAGUGGAUUUACCUUUGGAGUACCCAAGACAGUGGAAAAAGUUGCGGACAAAGUAACUGAGGAAGACAAACCCAAGCCAAUGUUUUCAUUCGGUGCACCGAAGACUGUCGAGAAAGAAAAACCGAUCAUAUUUUCUAAUCCGUUGACUGUGGAAAGUCAAGUUAAUUCUCAAGAUAAAGUUCCAGAAAAACCCGUCACAUUUUCAUUUGUUCCACCGGGAUCUGUAGCAAGUGCUGGCAGUGACACAGGAACCAGCAGUUCUACGCCCGCUUUCACAUUCUCCGAGCCUAAAGUCUCUACAUCAACGCCUGAGACAAUUAAAUUUGGACAGACACAGUCUCCAUUAGUUUCAGCAACAACCACAUCAGGAUUUUCAUUCACGAGACCUAAAUUUACGGAUUCAUCAGGCCCUCCGGAGAAGAAAGCUGCGUUAACUUUUGGCAGCAGUUCUGGAACAGCAGCUCCAGUUUUUGGACUCGGUUCUGCUACUGUUACAUCAGCAGAAGAAAAAUCAUCGCCCUUUGAAGUUCCAGAUAAAUCUAAAACACCAUUUACGUUGGAUAAAAAACCAGGAUUUGGGGUUGAGACUAAACCAGCUGGAUUUGGAGAAGAAAAUAAAACACCAGCGACAUUCGGUAGCAGUAGUAAUACUGCUACCAGUGAUAAAUCAAUUUUCAAUACCGGAUCAACAGCACCACCGGCAUUUGGUUCAGCACCGACUACUUCAGCUCCAUCAUUAUUUGGUUCAACUCCAUCGUCCAGUAUUUUCGGCACCGGUACCACGAAUUUCGGAACAUCAUCUUCAGCAGCACCCAGCAUGUUUUCAGCAGUUAAACCCACAGAGACACCAACACCAGCAGCAAAUAAUCAAGGAUUAUUUUCAUUUGGCGCAGCGUCAACGCCAAGUACUCAAAAUACAACCGGAGGUUUCAAUUUCACCGCAACAAAUAACACACCUGCCACGCAAAAGCCCAUGUUUAGCUUCGGCAGCAAUUCAGCAACUCCAGCCCCAUCUGUAACCCCAUCAUCCGACACAGGAUUCGGUACACCAAAUUUCGGUAGUUCCGUGUCGUCUCAACCAGCGGCAUUUUCAUUCAAUCCCCCAAAAGCUGAUCCUCCAGCUUUUGGACAACCGUCCGCUACACCGCUUCCUAGUAUUUUUAAUAAUCAAGCUUCCGGUUCAUUGGGACAGACACCUGGGUCAGCUAAUAUGUUUAGCUUUGGAUCCGCUGCUCCUCCCACUGGUUCAUCAGCUGCCAGUGGCUCUAGUGGAUUCAGUUUUAAUACCGGAUUGAAUACACCAGCAACACCAUCAGGUGGUUUCAAUUUUACUCCCGCAAAUUCAUCACCUGCGAUCGCCUUUGAUCCUAAUUCACGGCCGUCAUUUAAUUUCACUGGCGGUAGUGCAGUAGCCCAAUUUAGCGCAACACCACAACAAGCUGUAACGCAAAGAAAAAUAAAACGAGCAGUAAGAAGAAUGCACCCAAGAACUUGAAUAAUUGUUAUAAUUAUUAUUUUAAAAAAUAAAUUUUUACAACUGCGAAUAAUUCGUGUGUUAAAAAAAAAAUUAGUGAUCUACUGUAUAAUUAAUUAAUUAAAAAAAAAUAAAUACGCGAGAUAGAUGAACAAGAAGCCAAAAAGACAGUUGCUGAUGAAGCAAUUAUUAGGUCACGCAUAAAUAAAUUAAAUUCCCGAGUGGCUUUGCUCGUAAAGUUUAUGUAAAAAAUAAUAAAAUUUAAUUAAUUAAUUAAUUAAUUGAUAAUAAAAGAGAAAAAAUUAAUAAGUAAAAGCAAGUAACGAGUUUAAAUUGUUGAGUGCAACUACUCGUGUAUCGCGCACACAAUUUAUUUAAAUGAAAAAGAAAAAGUUAAAAAUAUAUUUAUAAUUUAAAAAUAUUCGCGAGUAAUGACUGCAAUAAAAUGUAACGUCGAAAACAAAUUAAUGCGAUGACGAAUACUGAUGAGGAUUUAGCAAUUUUAUUUAAAUGAAAUUGCAUAUCGACAGUUAACUUUGAGCUUAUAAAUAAAAAUAUUUAAAAUUCGAGUUAUUAUGACGUGGGAAAAACUGAAUCAUUAAUUUAAAAAUAUCACUAAUUAAUUGUGGGUAUUUUUAACGAAAUGUAUCCAAUUAUUAUUAUUAUAUUUUUUUUUCAGGUAAGUAUCGGCGAUUUUACAAAACUUGCGGCAAAAUUAUUUUUAUUACAUCAAUUAAUUUUUGAUUAAUUGUUUUUUUUUUUUUUUUUUUUAAUCACUUGUCUGAAUAUUUUUUCUUUAUCAUUUUUAUAAAUUAUUAACAUUUUGUAAAGAAAGUUACGGUUAUUGAUGUUGUUGCAAGUGAUGUAAUUACGCUAAUUAAAAAAAAAUAUAUCAGUGGUUACGAUACGAGUUCUACUUUAAUUGUAUUUUAGUUAGGACACUCAAGAAACAGUUUUUGAACAAUUGUUUGUAAAAAAUACUGUUUCUUGUAAAUAAAAUAAAAUAAAAAGUUUAAAAGUAAUAAUUACUUAAAAAAAUAAAAAAAAAAAUUCAAAUAUUGUAACAUAAUACUAAAAUGGCAUUCGGAUAGUACAAAUAAUAAAAUACGAUUUGCCCAAUCGUUUCCAUUGAGUAGAUAAAAUUUUAUAUUUUUUUUAUAUAUAUAAAGAAAAAAAAACUGAAUGAUUAAUGAUUAAUCUUAUAAGUAAAAAUAAAAAAAUAAUAAAUAAACUGAAUGCCAUUUUCGUUAGAAUAUUAAAUGAUAAUUAAUUAAUUAAUUAUUAUUAAUAAUAAUAAUUAUAAUUAUGAUAAUUAUUAUAAUAUAAUAAAUAUAAAUAAUUGCUAAGUGUUUUAUUGUAGGAUCAAAAAAUACCAAGUGAACAUAAAGCUGAAUAAAAAAAUAAAUUCAAAUUAAAAGUCAUUGAUUUAAAAUAGUUAUAGUUAUUAAUUAUUAAUUAAUUCAUUGACCAUUAUUAUUAUUAUUAUUAUUAUUAUUAAUGAUUUUUCGAGAGGUUCUUUAAUAAGUAUUCUUUUAAUUCACCUCCUUACUAUAUUUUUACCAGCAAUUGAUGUAAUUCCGAGCUACUAUAUAUAUUUUUUUCUUGAUUUAUUUAAAAUCUUCAUUCAGACUGAAGAUGAUAAUAAAAAGUUGUUAUCAUAAUUAAAAAAGAAAUUAUUUUUAUUGUUUGUUCAUUUUCUCUAAUUAAUAUUUUAUUGUAUUACUAGUUUUUUUUUAUUUCCUGCGAGUUAAUAACUUGAAGAAAAUGGUUUUAUUUUUUUUUUUACAUUAGUUAGGACUAAUUACUGAUCAUUAUUUAAUAAUUAACGGUGAUAAAUUAUUAUUUAAUAUUUUUUUUUGGUCUCAGACUUUCUAGUAAUGAAAAAUAAAUUUUGUGCAUUUAAAUUAUUUGAAUAUUUUAUAAUUGAUAAUUAUUUUUAGAAAUUUUUAUCCAUUUUUAGUCAUAGAAAUUUACGAGUGUGAAUGUACCCGACAGAGAAAUUUAAAAUCUCAAAUAAAUGGAGUAAAUAUUUAAAAAAAAAUUUAUAAAAAAUGCACUUAUUAAUUUUUUAAAUGCGCAUUUUUUUAAAAUUUUAUUUUAUUAAUUAUUUGCUCUAUUUAUUUAUCAUUUUAAAUUUGACGUCUGCUUCAUUCACUCAGAAAUUUUUAAAUCCUUACCGCGUAAAUUUCGGAUUUAAAAAUUUGAAUUAAUUUUUUAAAAUAAUUCUGCCCGCAUAAAAAAUUUUAAUUUAAUUGAUUAAUUUAUGAAAAAAAUAAAAUAAGUGAUAAAUCGUAAUUGCAAAUGAAUUAUUUUUAUUAAUUACAAAUUAAUAAAUAUCUAAAUAAAAAAAAUAAUUAAAAAAUAUUUUUUAUCACCAGAAAUACCUGACCCUGAAAAAAAUCACUAGACAACUAAACAAUUAUAAUUAAAAAAAAAAUAAUCAAGUUUUAAAUGAUCAGUAAUGAUAUUUUUUGUUAAAAAAUACAAUUAAUUGUCCCUUAAUUAUAAUUAUUACUUAUACUUAUUUAUUACUAAUUAUAAUUUGUCAACAAUUGUGUAAAAAAACAAUUAAAGUAAUAGGGUAAAGACACUCAUAAUCAAUCCCAUUUAAUUUAAUAAUAAUAAUAAAGAAAUUAUAUACAUUUUUUUAAUCAAUUUAUUAAAGAAAUGUAAUUAAAAUUAAUAAUUAAUUAAAUAAUAUUUAAAUUGUAAAAAUUAUUAUUAUUAGAAAAUUUUAAAUACUUACAAUCUAUGGUUAUAAUUUAAUUAACUAUUUAAUAGUCAAUUUAUAAAAAUUAUAAUACAAAUAAAUAGAACGACGUUGAUCUUUUUAGUGAUCAACCACCAGUGACUUUACCCUAUUUUAUUUAUUUAUUUAUUUAAUUAAUUAAUUAAUUAAUUAUCAAUUAUUUAAUAAUGAUUGUUUAUAUUCAAUAAUCAUUUUUCGUAUCUAAUUACAAGGAAAUGAUAAAAAGCAAAUCUACGCGCAACAAAAGCAGUUUUUUAUACUCAUUAAUUUAUUAAUUCUACGGUGAGAUAAUUAAAUUAAUUUGUUUUUAUUUUUUUUACAAAUGACGAUUGGAAUAGCCAACUUUUUUUCAAAUUUGCCGGCAAGACUUAUUGACCCCAAUAGACUUUUUGGUAAUAAAAAAAAAUAAACAAUAAGAUUCUGGUGAGAAAAAGAAAAUAAUAUUAUUAAUUAAUUAAUUAAUGCAUUAAAAAAGUAUAUAAAAAAUUGUUAAUAAUAUGGUCAAUAAAUUCUGCUAUUAUAAUAUUUUAAUAUAUAUAUUUAUUUAUAUAUAUUUAUUCAUUUUCAUCGUACUCACGAUUUAAAUUAUUUUAUUUUUAAAAAAAUUUUUCUAUCGUCUUGAAUUACUUAAAAUGCUGGCUUGUUUUUUAAGAUAAGAAACUUUUGUCACAACACAAGUAGUACAAAGAUGUGAUUUUUUUUUUUAAAUAUUAUUUAUACAAUUCAGUACAAGUAUUCAAAGUUUAUUAAUUGUUAUUUAAAUUUUAAUUUAAAUAAUGAAAAAAAAAAAAAAAAAAAAAAAAAUAGAAA